AUGUUCCUGGUUCAGAUGAUGGGGAUCUCUGAAAUGUUUUCCCUCUGCUUUGUUGUCGCAGCUGAGUCAGAAGUCUUCGAUCUGGCAAACAUCCCUCCUUCUUACACACCCUCCUCCGCUCCCGACCACCCUAACCUUCCUAUCCCCCUCGACCCGACGCCGUCACACCCGAGCCCCGAUUCCGCUUCGGGCGGCACCCCAUCAUCAACCCACCAGGAGUCUAUUCUUCGCCGUGGUAUUCCUGGUGCCGCUGAACCUUCGUCCUCGUCCCUGCGUCGACGCCGUCGUAGUUUAUCGAGCACGUCCGAAUCCGCCUCUGUGGGGACAGGCAGUCGUGUGGGAGGCUAUACGGCUAGAGAAGCCGGGUUUCAGGAACAAUCCACAGUCCAAGCGUCCCGUGCACCGUCGGAGGGCUAUUUCCCAUCUUCUAAGCGCAGGCGCCUGGCAAAUAUGCGACCUGAUGGUAUUUCUAGCACCAACGGCUCCUCCCAAGUGUCAAAGGGCUCGGUGGCCUCUCCUUCACAGAAGACGGCUCUCCACACUCUAAAUGGCCAAGCGACUUAUGCCGCUCCAAACGGCGAGUUCCAAACGAAUGGAUCCCAGAAGCUCUCUCUGAAUGCGCCAUAUUUUGGCCACGACCGUGAAGAACUGACCAGGAUCCUUAUCCAAAGUCUCUACGAGCUUGGGUACAGUGGAUCGGCGGCGCUAUUGAGCAAGGAAAGUGGGUAUCAACUAGAAAGCCCAGCAGUCACAAUAUUCAGACAUGCGGUGCUUGAAGGACGAUGGACCGAGGCAGAACGCAUACUAGUUCAAUCCUUUUACCCCCCUGGACAUGGCCGAGCUCGCAGCGGCGCAGACCAAACAGCAAGCAAGGAAAACCUGAUCCUGAUGGACAGCGCGGACAAGAAUGAAAUGCUCUUUUAUCUUCGACAACAAAAGUUCCUCGAAUUGCUCGAUGCUCGCAAUCUCGCUGCAGCGCUCAUGGUUCUUCGUCAUGAAUUAACACCGUUAAACUAUGAUAUCGGGCGCUUACAUGCUCUUUCAAGUCUCCUCAUGUGUCCUCCGGAGCACCUUCAUGACCAAGCCGGCUGGGACGGCCCUAUCGGGUCUUCCCGAGAGCGUUUGCUAGCUGAACUAUCUAAGUCAAUUUCUCCUUCGGUCAUGAUUCCAGAUAACCGCCUAGCUACAUUGCUUGAUCACGUCAAGCAAAAUCAAAUUAACCAGUGCUUGUACCAUAAUACCGCAGCUUCCCCGUCUCUCUACUCAGAUCACAUGUGUGACAGGAAUGAUUUCCCCCUGGGAACCAAACUUGAGCUUAAUCAGCAUUCAGAUGAGGUUUGGCACUGUCAAUUUUCUCACGAUGGAACGAAACUAGUUACCGCGGGUCGGGACAAUAGUGUGAUUAUCUACGAUACAAGCACAUUCGCUGUACUUCAUAAACUCAUGGAGCAUGAAGCGGGAGUUGCUCACGCAGUUUGGAGCCCAGACGACUCCAAGUUGAUUACAUGUUCACAGGAUAGGACGGCGCGUGUUUGGAGUGCCGAGACUGGCCGUUGCCUUUUGACAAUCAACCACCAUCGUCAACCAGUGACAGCUGCAGUCUGGGCUCCUGAUGGAGAGUCGUUCGUAACUGCCUCUCUUGAUGUGAGCUCCCAAUUGUGUCACUGGAGCAUUCGUGGACAACCGUUGCACAUGUGGCCGGGAGGGUUUCGAGUCCAGGAUUGUGCCAUUACUCCUGACGGCCGACGCCUGAUUGCGGUCGAUGUGGACAAGAAAAUCCGCGUUUUCAACUUUAUCACUCACGAGGAAGAAUAUACUCUUCCACUAAAGAGCAAAGCAACUUCGAUUGUUGUCAGCAGGGAUUCGCGCCAGAUGCUUGUCAACCUCACAGAAUGCCAAAUCCAGUUGAUCGACAUCGACACGACAGAGGUGAUUCGCCGCUUUCAAGGCCAAAAGCAAAGCAUGUAUAUCAUCCGAAGUACUUUUGGGGGCGCUGCAGAAAACUUUGUCGUCAGUGGGAGUGAAGAUUCCCGGAUCUAUGUUUGGCAUAAAGAGAAUGGAACUCUUGUUGAAACCUUGGAUGGACAUGUUUCAGGAUGCGUAAAUGCGAUCUCAUGGAACCCUGCUGAUCCCGGCAUGUUUGCAUCUGCCGGAGAUGACUGUUUGGUAAAGAUCUGGACUCGGGAACGGGACAUACACCCUACUGGUACACCCGGGAAACACCGAGCAGUAUCGGGAAAUAGCUAUGCGCGAACCAGUGCACUACGAUCAACGUCGAGCUUUUAG